AUGCCAUCAUUGAAAGAAUUUUUUGAGAACAAUGUGCAUCGAUUGCAACGACGAAUUGGUGGUGAAACAUUAAUUUUAUCAUUAAAAAAGAAAAAAUCAUCAACAAUUUAUUCCGGAAAAUCUUAUCAAUUUACUGAUGAAAUAUGGAAUACUAUAUUUGCUCAGUGUUCACCAUUUGAUUUAUAUUUAUGGCGUCGUGUAAACAAAAAUUUUAAACGUUUAAUUGAUAGUCGUUUUAAUAAUAUCCUUUAUUUAUACGCUGAUCGAAGGAAUAUUGCUUCAAUGCUAGGCCAAGAAAGUAUUAAUGAUGGUAAUUUUUAUCGACAUCACAGUGCACAAAUAUUGCUAAGUUUAGACACUCAUAGUGCUAUGUUUAUUGUCCAUGAAAGAUGGACACCAAAAGAUAUCAGUAAAUUAUUUCAAGCAAUUCAACUAUUAGCACCAUCAAUACGAAAUGUUUCGCUUGAUAUGGGAAUUGUUGAAUUGAUCACGGCUGGCUUAUCAAGCAUGGAUUUUAAUCGAUGGCACACUUUUCAAUGUUAUUUGAAAACGUUAGAGGGACAAGCUGCUGAAGAUUCUGUACAUGUACAGUGUAUACCAUCUACCUGUCAAAAGACAUUUUUUCCAAAUGUCACUGAGUUUACGGUUCAAAUUGGUGAGCGUGACUAUUCGGCAUUAACACGUUUGAUGGAUUAUUCGGUUGAUGCUCAAACACUUUUUUCGCUUGAUAAAAUUGAGCUUUUUCGUGUACAUUUCAUUUCUACCACUGAAACACAAUUACGUGGUUCGUGUUUUACGCAAGAAGAACGUUUUUCCAGGAAGCGAACAUCGAAACAUUUGCAAAAUUUCAAAAAAUGGAUUGGUACGACUAAUUUAGGUGAACGAUACUGUCAACAGUACUCAUAA